CAGUCGCUCUAAGUUAGUUGCGAUUAAGUCGCUUUCUGGGAAUAUCAAUUUAAUUUUUUAUUUUAUUAUAAAUUUUCCGUAAACGUCUCUUAUUAUUGGCCGUCGUUUAUUUAUCGUCGCUAUUCAUAUACGAUCAGUGUUUUUAAAAACAAAGAAAAUCAAAGAUGUCCAAGAUAUUAGAAGAAUCACCAAAUGCUCACAUUGACAAAAGCAUCUUGCAACGUUACAUCGAUUUGCCAGUUAAAGAGAAUAUCGUUCAAGCCACAUACGUUUGGAUUGAUGGCACUGGUCAAGAUUUAAGAUGCAAGGAUAGAACUUUAGAUUUUAUUCCAAGCAGCCCAAAAGAUUUACCAAUUUGGAAUUACGAUGGAAGUUCAACUGGCCAAGCUAAAGGUUCAAAUUCAGACACUUAUCUACAUCCCGUAGCAAUUUACAAAGAUCCAUUCCGCCGAGGCAACAACAUUCUAGUUAUGUGUGAUACAUACAAGUUUGAUGGUACACCAACCGAAACAAACCAUCGCAAAAGCUGUUUAGAGGCUAUGGAUAAGUGUGCCGCUGAAGAGCCAUGGUUUGGCAUCGAACAAGAAUAUACAUUCCUUGAUUUUAAUGGUCAUCCAUUGGGUUGGCCAAAGAAUGGUUUCCCUGGACCACAGGGACCAUAUUAUUGCGGUGUUGGAGCUAAUAAGGUUUAUGCCCGCGAUGUUGUUAUGGCUCAUUAUAAGGCUUGCUUAUACGCUGGAAUUAAGAUCUCUGGCACCAACGCUGAAGUUAUGCCAGCUCAGUGGGAAUACCAAGUAGGACCAUGCUUGGGCAUUUCUAUUGGUGAUGAAUUGUGGAUGUCAAGAUUUUUGCUUCACAGAAUUUCUGAAGAGUUUGGUAUUAUUGCCACUUUGGACCCCAAACCAAUGCCAGGUGACUGGAACGGUGCUGGAGCUCACACAAACGUAUCAACAUUGGCUAUGCGAAACGAUGGCGGAAUCAAGGAAAUUGAGAAGGCUGUUCAAAAGCUCUCCAAAUGCCAUGCCCGUCAUAUUCGCGCAUACGAUCCCAAUCAAGGUAGGGAUAACGAACGUCGUCUAACUGGACUCCACGAAACAAGUUCAAUCAAUGACUUCAGUGCAGGUGUUGCAAAUCGUGGUUGCUCCAUUCGUAUUCCACGUGGUGUUAGCGAUGAUGGAAAGGGUUACUUUGAGGACAGACGUCCAAGUUCAAAUUGUGAUCCUUAUUCCGUUUCUGAGGCUAUUAUCAGGACAAUUUGCUUAGAUGAAUAAAGAAAAAAAAAAAAAUACUUCAGUAUGUAAACAAAUAAUACGGCAUAGAAGAAGACAUUGAAAUCCAUGCGCGUGUGGAUCGCGUGUGUGGAAAUAUAUACCUAGUUUAUUAUUAGGAUUUUUAAAGUUGUUAUAUUCUCAUUAUUAAAUAUCUCUGUUCACUUAUAUUCUUAUGCAUGGAAUAUAAAUAUUUAACUUUUACAACUAAAUAUAAUAA